AUGCGUGGCGCCGACGAAAGCGGGCUGUUUGCUUCCAUGCGCGGUGCUGACUUUGCCGGCAGGCUACAUCGCGGAGCUUUGGAACUUUCGGACCUUCGUGAACGGCAUGGAUCAGCACAAGCUCAACGUGUGGGUGGUCGGCUUGACGACUGGAGGACGGAGGCGCGACAUCCUUUGCAGCAACGCGCCGAGCCACUGCCGCAGCCGCCCCCCCACAGCUGCCACCCUACCAGCCGCAUCCGAUGUCUCAGGCUCCGCCAAGGCCACCGCAGCAAGCCCCCGUGCCCAGGCACUACCGAACACCUGAUGCAAGACAACGCAAGCUUGCGAUUCGCAAGUUUGAUGGCAACGAGGUUUACGUCGGGCUGGGGUCAGGUUUUGCGACUGAGGUAA